AUGCUACCACCACUAUCACCAUCAGCUGUCACCACCACCAUCACCCGCCACUACCACUACCCCGCCCAUUACCUCACCACCACCCAUUACCACAACCACAACCAACACCCAUCACCACUAGCCACCUACCCAUAUUCACCACCUACUUCCAACACCUGCCAUCACCACUACCACCACUCGUCACCACCACUACCAUCACGAUACCCGCUACCACCACCCUACCCAUCCCCAUCAACAUCAUCCUAUCACCACCACCACUACCUAUCAAAAUUACCACCUCCACCACCCAUCUGUCACCAGAAACCAUCUUCACCACCUGCCACCACCACCCCCACAACCAUUACCUCCACCCGCUACCACUACCAACAACCAUCCCCACCAUCACCACCACCAGCCACCACUACUAACCAAAACAUAACCAACUACCCACCCAUCACCAUCACCAUCACCACCAUCACCAUAACCACCCCACCCUCCACCAUAAGGCUUACGAAUUAG